CGCUCUAAGCGCCUCGGGUCUGUUUGGUCACUUGGUUCUCUGACCGGGUCCGAAAAGCUGCAAUAAAACAAAAACUGCGGGAUAAAAACAAAACCAGAGAUGAAACCUGGAAGUAAAUCAAAUGUUCAGUUUCCAGUUUAACAGCUGAAACAUUAAGAGGAAGCGGAUCAGAACCAGAACCAGAACCAGAACCUGCCCAAUGACGCAUUUUCCAUCACAGGUAUAAAUACCGCGCAUCAUUCUCCGUCAGCAGCCGCGACCUGCGCUGCUCUGCGCUCCUCCCGGCAGUCCGCUAUGUGCGCUGAUCGGCUGCGCACCGGGCUCCGCUAACACGCUCUGUCCGCACCGCGCCACCAUGGACGGCACCAACAACACCACAGCCUGGCUCGACUUCCCCAACUCCACCGAACCGGCCGCCGCCGCCGCGGGCGCCGAGGUGACGCUGAGCUCCCAGCUGCUCACCUCCUUCCUGCUCGGCGCGCUCAUCCUGUGCGCAGCCUUCGGGAACGGCUGCGUGGUGGCGGCCAUCGCGCUGGAGCGCUCCCUGCAGAACGUGGCCAACUACCUGAUCGGCUCCCUGGCCGUCACCGACCUGAUGGUGUCGGUGCUGGUGCUGCCCAUGGCGGCGCUCUACCAGGUUCUGGAUCGCUGGACGCUCGGCCCGGUGCCGUGCGACAUCUUCAUCUCCCUGGACAUGGUGUGCUGCACCUCAUCCAUCCUGCACCUGUGCGCCAUCGCGCUGGACCGCUACUGGGCCAUCACCGAGCCCAUCGACUACAUGAAGAAGCGGACGCCGAGGCGAGCCGCGGUUCUGAUCAGCGUCACCUGGAUAGUCGGGUUCUCCAUCUCGGUGCCGCCGAUGCUGGUGAUGCGCUCCCAGCCGAGCGGCGACGCGGAGGACCGGCACAGCCAGAUGGAGUGCAAGAUCCGGCAGGACCCGUGGUACACGAUAUACUCCACGUUCGGCGCGUUUUACAUCCCGCUGACGCUGAUGCUGGUUCUGUACGGGCGGAUUUUCAAAGCGGCGCGGUUCCGGAUCAGGAGGACUGUGCGUAAAACCGAGAAGAAGAAAGUGUCCGACUCGUGCCUGGCGCUGUCGCCGGCGCUCUUCCACAAGAAGCCGCACGGCGACGCGCAGCAGGGCAAGAGCUGGAAGCGCAGCGUGGAGCCGCGGCCGCCGCUGCCGCCGCCGAGCGUCAACGGCGCGGUGAAGCACGCCGACGACGGCGAGUCCCUGGAGAUUAUCGAGGUGCACAGCAGCUCCAGGGGCCACCUGCCGCUGCCCAACACCCCGAGCUCCGCGCCGCUGUUCGAGAGCCGCCACGAAAAGGCGACGGAAGCCAAGCGGAAGAUCGCGCUGGCGCGGGAGCGGAAGACGGUGAAGACGCUGGGCAUCAUCAUGGGCACCUUCAUCCUCUGCUGGCUGCCCUUCUUCAUCGUGGCCCUGGUGAUGCCGUUCUGCCGGGAGUCGUGCUACAUGCCCGGCUGGCUGGAGGCCGUCAUCAACUGGCUGGGAUACUCCAACUCCCUGCUCAACCCGAUCAUCUACGCUUACUUCAACAAAGACUUCCAGAGCGCCUUCAAGAAAAUCAUCAAGUGUCAUUUCUGCAAACCCUGAAUCAGAAACGAACCGGGACAGAAACUCGUGUUGAUAAUCAUCGUUAAAUAUCUCCAGACUGUCUGUAGACUAUGCAUAGAUAAAGCUGUGAUCGUUGGAUUGAGGCUCAUGUUCGUGUUCAUGUAAUGUCCAAUAAAAAUAUACUUUUUUCACAAACUCUCGGCUUUUAGGUUGAUUUUUAUGGGGGAAUAUUAUUGCCAUAAGUCGAGCGCAA